AUGUUAUUUUUUGUACAUGGAUGGAGAUUUGGACGACGUUGGUCCCGUGAAAUUUUAGAUUUAAAUAAUUCGAGGAUGAAUUUAAACAUUAACCUUAAUGGUAGAAGUUUAGAAUGCAAUACUUUUUGUACGAAAGUAAAUUUAGCGCUGCCUGAAAAAAAUAUUAAAAAAUAUAUAACAUCUCUUACCGAAAGCUAUAAACUCCGAUUAAAAGAUGACGAGAUGCUGACUGCAAUUAUUAAGCAAAGAGAGGUAGUUACUUUAUUAGACAACAGGAUACUUAUUGAAGAAAAUAUUAAAAGUCUUGAAGAACUUGGGAAAAAUGACGAAGAAAUGAAAAAGUUAGGCCAAGAUGAGUUCACUGCAUAUCAAGAAAGCUUGAAUAAACUAGAUGAAGAAAUAUUAGAAGCACUAGCCGAUAAUAUUGGUAAAGAUUACUGUCGAGAUGUUAUAUUUGAGAUAACAGCUGGUGUAGGUGGUCAGGAAGCAAUGUUAUUUUGUUCUGAUUUAUUUAAAAUGUAUCAAGGAUACUUUGAGUACCUGGGUUUCACUUACCAGCCACUGGAUGUUGACAAAGAAAGCGGAAUCGAUGGAAUAAGACACGCAACUAUUUUAGUAUCUGGUGAUCGUGCUUUCGAAUUACUGAGACAUGAAGGUGGUGUUCACCGGGUUCAAAGAAUUCCAGCGACAGAGCGAGCUGGCAGAGUGCAUACGUCUACAGUUACUGUUGCUGUGCUACCACAACCUACAGAACUGGAAGUCAAUUUGCCGGAGAAAGAUUUGAAAAUAGAAACAAAACGUUCUACUGGUGCUGGUGGUCAGAGUGUCAAUAAAACUGAGUCUGCUGUAAGGAUUGUCCAUCUUCCAACGGGAAUUGCUGUCGAAGCGCAGUCUGAACGGACUCAGAUACAAAACAAAAGGAUAGCGUUACUUAAAUUGCGAUCAAAACUUUAUGAAAUGCAAUUGAAUGACCAAAAAUCAAUGACCGCUGCAAUGCGUAAAAAACAACGCGGUAUGAGCCAAAGGAAUGAAAAAAUACGUACCUAUAACUUCAGUCAAGAUCGUAUUACGGAUCAUCGGAUAAGUAAUGGCACGAUGCAUAAUUUGAAGGUUUUUAUGGAAGGUGGUGAAGACUUGAAAGAUCUACAGGAGAAGCUACAAAAUCAUUUCCAGCUUAAAGUUUUACAAGAAGCUAUUGAGAAGUGUAAAUAG